GGUGAGAGCCGGAAUAUACCCGGUUGCUCCCCCUUGGAUCCUUGUUUGCUUCCUGCUGCCUGGCCUUCUCUCCUCCCCAAAAUCAAUCGCCCACAAAGGAGAGCCAGGCAGCCAGCCAAAUCUUCCACCUCCUCCAUUUCCAGCCCCGUCCCCACACCAGCUCGCGUAACCUCCUGCCCAUGGCUGGAGGCGGCGGCGCAGGCGCGGGCUCGUCGUCCGGCGGCGGCGGAGGGGGCGGCAGGGAGGGCGACUGGGACUGCGGCAGCUGCGGCAACCGCAACUACGCCUUCCGCUCGCUCUGCAACCGCUGCAAGCAGCCGCGCCUCCUCGUCGACCCCAACACCCCGCGCGACUCCAAGUGGCUACCCCGCGCCGGGGACUGGAUCUGCACCGAAAGAACUGCAAAAAGUGUGGCUUGCCCAAGGAGGAAGCAGCAAUGCCAGCAUUGCAAAUGGCAGGGAUGACUAUGCCAACUUAUGCAACUUAUAUUGCAAGACUACAAAGCCUUGCUGCUUCUGCUUCUGCCUAUAAGAUGAACUUUGGGAUGGCUGCCAAUUCACCUUUGCAGCAGCAACUACUUGCAAAUGCAAACUGGCCCUAUGGGAUGGCUGGUAGAUAUGGGAUGCAAUCUUCUGGUUGGCCAUUUGGCAACGGCAACCCAAAUCAGUUUUUAGGUGUUCCAAAGGAUUGGCGUAAUGGAGAUUGGCUCUGCAGCUGUGGAUUUCAUAACUAUUCAUCUCGUACUCAGUGCAAAGAGUGUGGUGCACCUGUACCAUCGGGCAUUCCCUCCACAACAAUGAAAGCUACAUCUGAUGCCUCUUCCACAUUAGGAACUAAGCGGUUGGCUUCAGAGGACCUGGCCAAUGACUGGGAUAAUAAAAGGCUAAAUCCAGGAAAUGACAAUUAUCCACUUUCAACAGGAGCUGCAAAUAAUUUAUUUUUGGGUAUUGAGCAAGGAGCUGGAAGCAGCAAUGGCCAGUCUGCCUUUCCCAAGUUUGACAACGGGAGCUCAAUGGCAUUACCAUCUGGGCAGGGAAUGUCUGGUCUUAUGGGAAAAGGGGCAAAAUGGCGUGACGGGGACUGGUUGUGCAACAACUGCAACAAUCACAACUAUGCAUCUCGUGCGUUUUGCAACAGGUGCAAAACUCAGAAAGAAUCUGCAGUUCACCCUGGUGUGUUAUAGCUUGCUGUUGGAUUAUUUUGUUCCAGGAUAUGUUGCUGCCUGUUCUAGCUCCUUCCUCAAGACUGCGGUUUGAGUUUUUUCGAUUCUGCAGUGUUUUUGCUGCUCUCAAAUGUUUGUCUCGAUAUUUCAUUAGUGCUUGUUGAAGUUCCCCCAUUUGUUUAUGGUAUAAGCGCUUGAAUAAAAUGUUUCUGGAAAGUACCGGCCUACAAUCUGGAUUUUGGCAAAAUAAUUGAAUUAGUUGUUGUACAAUGAAGCAAAUUGUCUUACGUUGUACUUUAUGAACUCUGGAGUAUUAUCACUCGUCGGGUUGAAAAGGGGAACUAUACAAUGUAAUUUCAGUACAGAUUAUUAUUUUUUCCUGAGACUCCAGUUGUGCUGUUAUGCGA